AUGUAUUGGACAAGCGUUUGCCUGAUCGGGAUCGCGACCAUUGGCAAGGGUUCGGAUUGGGAGGAAUUCCGCGACCUGGUUCGUGGAGGUAUCCCUAUCACAUACCGAAACAAGAUCUGGCAAGAAGUCUCGGGAGCACUGGACAUGCGACAACCUGGAUAUUACAAGGAGCUGCUGUCGAGGAAAGAUCCUGAGGCAUGCCAGUGUUGGGGAGACAUCGAGCUGGAUCUGCAUCGCACCUUUCCAACGAAUGUUUUGUUUGGUCCGGGCGGCCAUGGUAUCGAGAAACUGAAGAACAUUCUCCUCGCCUACAGUCUCCAUAAUCCAACCGUAGGCUACUGUCAGGGCAUGAACCUCCUUGCGGGCACCCUUCUCCUGACCAACAACGCCGAGGAAGAAGCAUUCUGGCUCCUGACCUCCAUGCUCGGUCGCCACCUGCCCGAAGAUUACUUUACGCAACAACUCCUCUCCCCUCAAGCGGACCAAAGAGUGCUUAGAGAACUCGUCCAGGAGAUCAUGCCGCGGCUCUACGCACACUUUGAAGAGAUGCAUGUGGACGUCACCGCCGUAACCUUCAGCUGGUUCCUGACCCUAUUCACGGACUGUCUCCCUGUGGAAACGCUACUCCGGGUCUGGGAUAUCUUCUUUGUCGAGGGCAUGAUCAUCGUGUUCAAGGUCGCGCUCGCGAUCCUGUGGAUGAACGAGAAGGAGAUUAUGAAGUGUCGGAACGGUGCGGCGGUGUACUGCUACAUGAAACAGAUGACCCUCAGCAUGCACCAGCCCGACAAGUUGAUCAAAGUCGCCUUCACUACAUUGAAAUCCUAUAUCCAGCCAGAGAAGAUCGAAGCCAAGCGACAGCGGCACCAGAAAAGCGUCAGACAGGAGCUGAUUCAGGAGCAGCAGCUCAUCAAGGCGAGAACCUUUGUGUGCGCGUCUCCACCUACCGACAAGAAGAAAACGCUCCAGAACUGA